CCCUGCUGACCCCCCCGGGUCUGUCCCGGUUCGGAGUCCGGAGCAGGAUCCCGGAUCGCCUCGGGUCGUUUGGAUCUGAACCCAAUCAGAGCCCCCCAUCCUGUCUCUCCAUCCCAGUGAGGGUGUCAGUCAGAGAUCUGCUGUGAGUUUGGAGGAUCCUCUUUAGUUGUGUGGAAGAAUGAGUGCCUACACCGUGACUCUGCCGGGCCCUGGGCCCUGGGGCUUCAGGCUGCAGGGGGGGAAGGACUUCAACAUGCCUCUGACCAUCUCCAGGAUCACACCAGGCAGCAAGGCGGCACAGGGUAACCUGAUCCAAGGUGAUGUCAUCGUUGCCAUCGAUGGUGUCAGCACUGAGGGGAUGACCCACCUGGAGGCCCAGAACAAAAUCAAGAUGGCCAAUUACAACCUGGCGCUCACCAUGGCCAAGUCGAAGCGUCCCGUUCCAAUGGCGCCACCAAGGAUGGACGCCAUUCCCAUGAUCCCACACCACCAGGGUUUCUCCCCCGCUGUUCCCAACACCGGCUUCAACCCCAGCAUGCUGAAGGACUCCCACAAACCCAUAGAGGUGAAAGGUCCCGGCGGUAAGGCCACCAUCAUUCACGCUCAGUACAACACGCCCAUCAGCAUGUACUCACAGGACGCAAUCAUGGACGCCAUUGCGGGCCAGUCGCAGGCCAAAGGGCACGACGUCAGUUCAGUUCCAGGUAAAGACCGACUGGUGGACAGUGCCUCUCCGGUCUAUCAGGCCGUUCAGAGUGCAGAAAAGGACCAGGACCUGAAUGAAUGGGGCCGGCGUAGCACCAGCACACAGUCCAAGUCCUUCCAGAUCCUGGCCCACAUGACUCAGACCGAGUCCUCGCUGAAGCAGGAGGAGGAGGAGGUGAUGAGGAGCAGCCCAUAUGGACCACCCCCACCCAUGCAUCAGGCCCCACCCCCACAACACUACCAGCCAAUUCCGCAACAGUACCAGCAACCACCCACACAUCAAGCCCCGCCCACUCAGCAGAGCUCCAUUCAGAUACCGGUUGGAUCUGGUCCUCCUAAAGUCGUCAGCACCGCCUGCAUUUACCCCUCCCAGCCAGUUCCAGCUCUUGUACCACCCCAGCCCCGCCCACCAGCCGCCGCCCCAGCCCCACCUUUUGCUGCUCCCGCCUCCUCCAACAGACCGCCGUGGGUGACAGACACCAACUUUGCUGAUAAGUUCGACCCCAGUAAGACUACUACGACCACCACCUCCAUGAAGGUGCAGCCGCUGCCCCAAGCAGCUCCUCCACCGCCGGCAUACAUCCCCAACCCUUCCCCUGCGGGACCUCUUGCUCCGAGCCCCGCUCCUAUCACUCCAAGCCCUGCUCCUUUCCCUCCUGUAGCAAGGGGCGUAGCCCAGAGGGCGGAGAGAUUCGCCGCCAGCAGUCGUACGCCUCUGUGUGGAGCGUGCAACAGCAUCAUCAGGGGUCCCUUCCUGGUGGCUCUCGGACGGUCCUGGCACCCUGAGGAGUUUAACUGUCACUACUGCCACGUUUCUCUGGCGGAUGUCAGCUUUGUGGAGGAGCAGAACAAUGUUUACUGUGAGAACUGCUACGAGGAGUUCUUCGCUCCGACCUGCGCUCGCUGCAACACCAAGAUCAUGGGGGAAGUGAUGCACGCUCUGCGGCAGACGUGGCACACCACCUGUUUUGUGUGUGCAGCCUGCGGCAAGGCAUUUGGAAACAGCCUCUUCCACAUGGAGGACGGAGAGCCGUACUGUGAGAAAGAUUACAUCGCUCUCUUCAGCACCAAGUGUCACGGCUGCGACUUCCCGGUGGAAGCUGGAGAUAAGUUUAUCGAGGCUCUGGGCCAUACCUGGCACGACACCUGCUUCGUCUGCGCGGUCUGCCACGUGAACCUGGAGGGUCAACCUUUCUACUCCAAGAAAGACAAACCUCUGUGCAAGAAGCAUGCUCACGCCAUCAACGUGUAAAGCGUCACCUCGCCGCAGGUCAACCAGCUCUCACACCAGUGCGUAAACCAAACGCACCCUGGAUUCCUGCGUAUAAUUAUUCAUGUUUGUUUAAAACGAUGCUGCCUGAUGAUUCUGCUUCCAAACAGGAACUCGUGCUGCUCAUCACAUCAGCUGAACUGCAGCUUUUUCUUUAAGUAAUUUGUGUUUUUUUUUUGUGAUUAAAAUAAAAUAUUGAGAAGAACGUUGGUUUAUAUAGAGCCAGCAGUAAAAAGGUUUUUAACCAAAAUAAGUUUGUAAAGUCUGAUCAUUAUGCAGAAAUAAUUCAAAUAAAUUGGUGUUAAAUCUAUUUUAACGCAGUUAGAUGUGUAAAUUCUACAUUAUUUUUGUGGAUAAAAUACACUGAGACAAAUUUUGUGUGUA